AUGAAUGAAAAACGACCACUCAGUCCUGAUCUCGUCGCCAAUCCCUUCAUCAAGAAACGCAACCUCAACUGGACCAUCUCGCCACCUGCCACCAAUAAGCUAGAUCAUCAAGAUGGUGAUGCUGACGAUGAUGAUGAGGCGUCCGAGGACCACGACAACGACGACAACCCGACAACAGCAGCCAUCGAGGCAGGCCACUCCUCUAUAACAGACCACCCAUCUCUGUUCAGCAACGUUCUCAAACGCCAUACCCUACCCUCGGCACCCAUCUUACUGCCCGUCCAGUCCUGCGUGGACCUCUACAGAUCGUGCAUCAACAGCCCCCAGGGCGCCCACUUCGUCAUCCACCAGCACGACCACCCCGUCGCAGGGACACACUACGACCUCCGUCUGCAGAUCAACCCAUCCAGUAGCGUGAGCUGGGCCGUCAUGUAUGGACUACCCGGUGAUCCCAAUAGUAGUCGGCUGAAUCGCAAUGCAACCGAGACGCGAAUCCACUGUCUAUGGCAAACUCUUCUACACGAGGCCUUUCAGCAGCGCAAGAUCCGUGUCCGUCUCCACGGUUCUCGCCUGCCAGAUCCCUACGUCCUCAACCUCCGUUUGACCAAGAAGGAAGAUGCUGCAGGCCGGUCCCGUCGUCCAGCUGCACGGCGGCGCGGAAAACCCACCUCACCCGAGGAAACAAGCGACAACGAGAAUGGAGCAGAAGAAGAUGGAGCUAUUGUUCCCAAUAGCCAUGGAAACAACGAGGCCUUGUCUGCUAUGGAACGUGAGAUGCGCGAAUUGGAGGACCAAGAAGUACGUCAGACAAAUGCUUACCCCGGCGCGACCAACACCAUCGGUAGUGUCCACCAGCGGAAGUGGUAUCUCAGUCUCGACAGAGUGGCCUGUGGUCUCAUAGAGGGCAGGGAUAAAGUCUGGAGGCGCCGGUCCGGGGACGCGACAGCGUCCGACGGACAUGGGCAUGAGGAUGCGCACGGCGAACGCCUUACAUACCCCUUUUACGUCCGCGGGGCAGACCACGAGCGUAGCGUCGUGACGGCCAGGAAGGGUGAGAAUGUCCUCUUCGACGAGGGAGUCGUGGGCUUUAUUAGACGAAGAGGUUGGAAACCGAUAUUGUCAUGA